UAAGAAAUUGAUUAAUGUUAUUAUCGUGUCUGACAUCUCUAGUGCCAAUAUGAAAUAGUCGAUUGUCAACAAGAAAUUUGCUACCAGGCUCAAACAAAAUUAUCUUCCAUAUUUGCCAUCGUUGCAGCUUUUGUCGUCUUUUGUGAAAAUAUUCAAUUAACUCAAUAGUUUUGUGCCUGCAAAGCAGUCGAAAAAUAACCAAACUGUUGAAUUUUCCACAAAUAUAUUUGCAAACGACAUCGUCUUCGUCGCAUAGUGCGCGAAUCAACAACAUGCCAGUACACGAAUUUAGAGUGGAAAUGACCUGUUCAGGUUGUGCAAACAGUGUAGAGCGGGUCCUGAACAAGCUGGGAGCGGAAAAAGUUGAGAAGAUCACUAUUGAUCUCGAUUCAAAGACGGUGUUGGUGACAUCGAAUUUAACAUCCGAUGAAUUGCUGGAGACGAUUAAGAAGACUGGCAAAGCGACACAAUAUGUUGGGGUAAAGGAAUGAAAUGAACUUUUUUGUAAGUUUCGUAAAAUUGCCAAAUUAAAA